UCCCGGGGGGGGGGUGGGGGGGUGGAGGCGGAGUCCGCCAUCGCCGCCAGGGGGCGCCGUCGGGGGCGGCGCGCGGCCGCCGCGGCCUCUCCUGUCGCCCCCGGAGCCCCGCCCCCUCCGCUCGUGCCGCCGGAAGUGGGCGGUGUCGCGCGCGCGGGCCGCGCUCGACCCCUCCCCCCGCGGCCGGCCGUCCCCCUCCCCCCCGCUCCGCCCGCUCAGGUGCGUCCUCGGGGGGCGCGGCGCGGCGCGGCGCGGCGCGGGAGGUACAGCGCGCCAUGGCGGCUUCUGAAGUAGCUGGACUUGGGGCCAAUGCCACCAGUCCUCCAGAAUCCUCUUCUAGUCUAUGUGCUUCCAAGUCAGACGAAGGGCUCCCCGAUGCUCUAAGUCCCAAAGACCCUGUGCAGAAGCAGAAGAACUCGCCACCAUCGAGUAUAAGUAGCCAAAUGAUCACGAAGGAGAAUAACAGGAAUGUGCGUGUGGAUCACCCCGAGCAGAAUCCUGGCUCAUCUGCGGGCGACCCUGCAGCAGCCCACCCGGAGGCCUUAGGAGAGAACUCGGUAGCCACGGCCCUUUGUCUCUCUGGCAGUGGCUCUCAGUCUGAUUUGAAGGACUUGGCCACCACAGCAGGAGAGGAAGGGGACAUGAGCCUCCAGGAGAGCCUCCAUCCGGUCGCUCGGUCCCUUAAGGCAGGGGGCCAUGCAAAGCAGCUUGCCUCCAGGAAUUGUUCCGAAGAGAAAUCCCCACAAGGCUCCAUCCUAAAGGAAGCUAGCAAGGACACAGGCUUGGAUUUCCGACCUGGAGUGCCUCCGGCAAAUGGGGUUGAAGGAGUCCGAGUGGAGCCGGAGGAUGAUCAGGACAGCUCUUCCCUGAAGCUUUCUCAGAACAUCGCUGUGCAGACUGACUUUAAGACGGCUGAUUCCGAAGUAAACACAGAUCAAGAUAUUGAAAAGAAUUUGGACAAAAUGAUGACAGAGAGAACUCUGUUGAAGGAGCGGUAUCAGGAAGUCCUGGAUAAGCAGAGACAGGUGGAGAAUCAGCUCCAAGUGCAACUAAAGCAACUGCAGCAAAGGAGAGAAGAGGAAAUGAAGAAUCACCAGGAGAUACUGAAGGCUAUUCAGGAUGUGACCAUAAAGCGGGAAGAAACAAAGAAGAAAAUAGAGAAAGAAAAGAAGGAGUUUUUGCAGAAGGAGCAGGAUCUGAAAGCUGAAAUUGAGAAGCUUUGUGAGAAAGGCAGAAGAGAAGUGUGGGAAAUGGAACUGGAUAGACUGAAGAAUCAGGAUGGUGAAAUUAAUCGUAACAUUAUGGAAGAGACAGAACGAGCCUGGAAAGCGGAGAUCUUAUCACUAGAGAGUCGGAAAGAAUUGCUGGUAUUGAAACUAGAAGAAGCAGAAAAAGAAGCAGAGCUUCAUCUUACUUACCUCAAGUCAACUCCUCCAACAUUGGAGACAGUUCGUUCCAAACAGGAGUGGGAGACAAGACUGAAUGGAGUUCGGAUGAUGAAGAAGAAUGUCCGUGACCAAUUUAAUAGUCACAUCCAGCUAGUGAGGAAUGGAGCCAAGCUAAGCAGCCUUCCUCAAAUCCCCACCCCCACUUUGCCUCCGCCCCCCUCAGAGACAGACUUCAUGCUUCAAGUGUUUCAACCCAGUCCCUCCCUGGCUCCUCGGAUGCCCUUCUCCAUUGGGCAGGUCACAAUGCCCAUGGUUAUGCCCAGUGCAGAUCCUCGUUCCUUGUCUUUCCCAAUCCUGAAUCCUACCCUGUCACAGUCCAACCAGCCUUCCCCACCCCUUCCUGGCUCCCAUGGGAGAAAUAGCCCUGGUCUGGGUUCCCUUGUCAGCCCCCACGGCCCACACAUGCCUCCUGCCGCCUCCAUCCCGCCUCCCCCAGGCCUGGGCGGUGUUAAGGCCUCUACUGAAACUCCCAGGCCCCAACCAGUAGACAAACUGGAGAAGAUCCUGGAGAAGCUGCUGACACGGUUCCCACAGUGCAAUAAGGCCCAGCUGACCAACAUUCUUCAGCAGAUCAAGACAGCACGCACCACGAUGGCUGGCCUGACGAUGGAGGAACUGAUCCAGCUGGUAGCUGCGCGGCUGGCAGAGCAUGAGCGGGCAGCAGCAGGUACUCAGCCACUUGGUCGGAUCCGGGCCUUGUAUCCUGCCCCCCUGACCCAAAUCAGUACCCCGAUGUUCUUGCCCUCUGCCCAGGUUUCAUAUUCUGGAAGGUCUUCACAGGCUCCCGCCACCUGUAAGCUGUGUCUGAUGUGCCAGAAACUUGUCCAGCCCAGUGAGCUGCACCCCAUGGCAUGUACUCAUGUAUUGCACAAGGAGUGUAUUAAAUUCUGGGCCCAGACCAACACAAAUGACACUUGUCCCUUUUGUCCAACUCUUAAAUGACCGACCUGUCUGAUCAGGAAGAAGAGGAGGAACUGAUGUGAGCAGGAAGCGCGGGUUGGAGAUUUCUAAAACUCUAUAUUUAUACAGUGAUAUAUACUCAUGCCAUGUACAUUUUUAUUCUAUAGGUAAUGUGUGUAUAGAAAGUCUGUAUUCAGCUGUUCGUAAAUGAAAAUAUGUAUAUAACGCAGAAACAUUGUUUCCCCCUCAUCUUGCAGUCCUUUUGGGGGAGGCAGAUUGUAGAGAAGAUUUUGUUUAGUUUGGUCUCGGAAUUAUAAUAUCUUGUUUUCAAAUACAUCUAGGAAGCUGCUGUCGCUCUAAGGCCAUCCUGCUUUGGUUUGGCUCAGCCCCUAGUCCAUUUUCUUAAGGCUCAUGUGUGCAGAUUUGCAGCCUGGUGCUCACCUGCUGUCCAACCAGAUGCCUUGCUUGCGGAGAGCCUCUGGAAGCCUCAGUGUUGUAGCCGCUCCACUCUGAACAGAUAAAAUAAGACUCUUGAAGGGAAAGAUGUAAUCCUAAUUGACUUCUCGUUGAAUAUUUUA